AUGGAGACGGGACAAGGCCGCGUGCAGCCAGCGCGGGUUCCUGGCGGCUGCCCGGCCUCCAAGCCCUCCACCCGCAUCCUCCGUGAGCCUGCAGCGGCUCUGGACGGCUGCCCGGCCUCCAAGCCCUCCACCCGCAUCCUCCGUGAGCCCGCAGCGGCUGCCCGGCCUCCAAGCCCUCCACCCGCAUCCUCCGUGAGCCUGCAGCGGCUCUGGAGCUGCCUGGCCUCUAAGCCCUCCACCCCCAUCCUCCCCAGCCCAUACUGCUGUGAGGCGGCCAGCCCAUACUGCUACGAGGCGGCCAGCCCGUACUGUGAGGCGGCCAGCCCGUACUGUGAGGCGGCCAGCCCGUACUGCGAGGCGGCCAGCCCAUACUGCGAGGCGGCCAGCCCGUACUGCUACGAGGCGGCCAGCCCGUACUGUGAGGCGGCCAGCCCGUACUGCUGCGAGGCGGCCAGCCCGUACUGCGAGGCGGCCAGCCCAUACUGCGAGGCGGCCAGCCUGUACUGCUGUGAGGCGGCCAGCCCGUACUGCUGUGAGGCGGCCAGCCCAUACUGCAAGGCGGCCAGCCCGUACUGCUACGAGGUGGCCAGCCCGUACUGCGAGGCGGCCAGCCCGUACUGCUGCGAGGCGGCCAGCCCGUACUGCGAGGCGGCCAGCCUGUACUGCUGCGAGGCGGCCAGCCCGUACUGCGAGGCGGCCAGCCCGUACUGCGAGGCGGCCAGCCCGUACUGCUGCGAGGCGGCCAGCCCAUACUGCGAGGCCUAG